AUGGGCAUUGAGCCUAACGUUAUUAGCUAUAACAUACUAAUAAAUGGAUACUGUAAGAAAAAGAAAGUGGAUGAGGCCAUGCAAUUGUUUUGUGAAAUUUCUCAAAAGGGAUCAAAACCUAAUACUGUUACCUACAAUACUAUCUUGCAAGGUCUUUUUGAAGUUGGAAGAAUAGGCGAUGCAAAAAGAUUCUUUGCUGAGAUGCUAUCUGCAGGGCCCAUACCUAAUUUGUACAUUCAUUGCACUUUGCUCAAUGGUUAUUUUAAAUACGGGCUUGUUGAAGAAGCUUUGUCGCUCUUUGAUAAGUUGGAAGGAAAGAGAGAAAAUACUGAUAUUAUAUUUUACAAUUUUAUCAUUGGUGGAUUGUGCAAAAAUGGUAAACGCGACAAAGCUCGUGCCAUUUUUGAUAAGCUUCAUUUAAUUGGAGCACUACCGAAUGUGAGGACAUACAAUAAUAUGAUAAAUGGAUUUUGUGUCGAAGAUUUGUUAGAUGAAGCUAAUGAUAUGCUAAGAAAAAUGGAGGAGGACGGUUAUUUGCCAAACGACUUCACUUACAAUGUCCUUGUGUGGGAAUUUCUCAGGUGUAGGAAAAUUACUGAAAUGACAUCUUUUAUGAAGGAAAUGACUGGUAGGGGUUUCUUAUUUGAUGCAACUACAACUGAGUUAUUGGUAAACAUUCUAAGGGAGAAUCUAUCCGUCCUUGACACGAUACUAGAGCUUCACACCAAAAUUAUGAACACUGCAAAAGAAAUGGUUUCUAAUGCAGUUGUUGAAGCAGAAAAAAUGGCAAUUAGAAUGUCGCUUGAGCUUUGCAGGCAGGCAAGGUGUGGUUUGCAAAAACCUUGUUCAUGUAAGUGUAUUCCAGAUAACCUCGUCAGGCACAUUCCGAUAAUUGAUCAGGCCGGGAUGGUAAUGGUAUCCAUCGAAGAUGUUAUCUAUGGUGUUGCACGUGAGAGCAUAGUGUAA